UGACCCGUCGGAGCCAAGAUGGCGCUGAGUUGGAGCGAAUUAGAGGAAGAAGCUGAUGUCGGUUAACGAGACAAACGGAACUGUUUAACACCGACAGCACCGAAGUAACAGCACCGAGGUUAACGAGGAGGUGUCAGAAAAAAGCGCCACAACCCGGAACCCCGUUAGGUAGUAAGCUGAAAGGAACUGUUGCAGCGGCAAAGCCGAUGGUGUAGGUGGUGAUGGCGGAGCGGCGGGUGGAGUGCACAUGGAAGAGACACAUCUCGGAGCAGCUGAAGCUCAGAGACAGAGUGCAGAGGCAGGCGUUUGAGGAGAUCGUCCUCCAGUAUAACCGUCUGCUGGAGAAGUCAGACCUGCAGGCUGUUCUGUCAGAGAGAUACCAGACUGAGAAAUAUGACGUGCAGCGAGGACACGAGGCCAGUUCGGGCGCGGACUCGAGUCGCGGCGACACUCUGCAGCAGGAAAUGGCUCAGAUGAGAAUCAAACACCAGGAGGAGCUGACAGAGCUCCACAAGAAGCGAGGAGAGCUGGCUCAGAGUGUGAUCGAACUGAACAACCAGAUUCAGCAGAAGGACAAAGAGAUCCAGACCAACGAGGCCAAGAUGUUGGAGUAUCAGCAGCAGAUUGUCGGUCUGGAGGGAGACUGUCGGGAGCUGAGGAGCAGCCUGCAGGACCUGGAGAGGGCCAACCAGACGCUGAAGGACGAGUACGAUGCCCUGCAGAUCACCUUCUCUGCUCUGGAGGAAAAACUGAGGAAAACCACAGAGGACAACCAGGAACUGGUGACUCGAUGGAUGGCAGAGAAAGCUCAGGAGGCCAACAGGCUGAACGCUGAGAACGAGAAGGACAGCAGACGCAGACAGGCCAAACUGCAGAAGGAGCUGGCGGACGCUGCCAAAGAACCUCUGCCCAUCGACCCGGACGACGACAUCGAGGUUCUGGCUGAGGACGGAGGGAAGGGCGGGGGGGAGACCUCACCGAACAGGCCGCUCAGCAGAACUCCCAGUAAGAAAGUGUCUCAGCCGCCCCCUGGUGGUCUGCUGGACUCCAUCUCCAACAUAUUUGGAGUGUCUGAGUGUGUUCAGCCUGGACUCCACCCACCACACACCAGGCGUCGAACUGCCAACUCUUUCAGCGCUUCGCCUGAAAACGCAGAGGCUCCGUCGGGAGUGUGUGCGGAGGUUCGAGUCCCGUCCACAGCUCUGCAUGUGUUUGAAGCCCAUGACGGCGAGGUGAACGCUGUCAGGUUCAGUCCAGGCUCUCGUGUCCUGGCCACAGGAGGGAUGGACCGCCGGGUGAAGCUGUGGGAAGUUAUCGCAGGUCGCUGUGAGCCUAAAGGAGCUCUGACCGGCAGCAACGCAGGAAUCACCAGCAUUGAGUUUGACAGCGCUGGUUCGUACCUGCUCGCCGCCUCUAAUGACUUCGCCAGUCGGAUCUGGACUGUGGACGACUACAGGCUGAGGCACACCCUGACAGGUCACAGUGGGAAGGUGCUGUCGGCCCGUUUCCUGUUGGACAAUGCUCGAAUCGUCUCUGGGAGCUACGACCGGACGCUUAAACUGUGGGACCUCCGCAGCAAAGUCUGUAUGAAGACGGUAUUCGCCGGUUCCAGCUGUAACGACAUCGUCUGCACGGAGCAAUGCGUCAUGAGCGGACACUUUGAUAAGAAGGUCCGGUUCUGGGACAUCAGAGCGGAGAGCAUAGUGCGGGAGCUGGAGCUGCUGGGCAGAGUGACGUCUCUGGACCUGAACCACGACCGAACCGAGCUGCUCACCUGCUCCAGAGACGACCUGAUCAAAAUCAUCGAUCUGCGAACCAACGCCGUCAGACAGACGUUCAGUGCUCAGGGCUUCAAGUGUGGAGCCGACUGGACCAGAGUCACCUUCAGUCCGGACGGCAGCUAUGUGGCUGGAGGGUCGGCCGACGGAGCUCUGUACGUGUGGAACGUCCUGACCGGGAAGGUGGACCGGACUCUGGACCGGAACCACAACUCUGCCAUCAACUCGGUGUCAUGGUCGCCUUCAGGAGCCUACGUGGCCAGCGUGGAGAAAGGCAGCAAAGCUAUCCUGUGGUCUGACAUGUGAUUGGCUGAACCGCGUCGCCGCUGGACGCCGACAGAGACAAGGACGGUCAAUCAGCAGCUGGACGAUGAAAUGUUUGGAGCUCGUCUUUGUGUUGUUGUUGUUGUUGUUGUUGUUGACGGUCUGACAGGAGGAGCGGAGCUGACGCGGUGGAUCUGAGAGGAAACCUGCCUUCGUGUUUAAACGACUUCAGUCGCGUUUACCUGUUUUCUGUUUGGGUUCAGAACGUUUAAUGUUCCUCAGUGUUUUUUUAAUUGUGUGACAGUGAAACAACAAACUGCCCUCACACAGUUUACUGAGACAGACUCCGUCCAGCUGACGGUACACAGGACAGCUGGCGGCGAGCGGGAACACGACCGGACCGUCCUCACCUGUGUGUGUCUGUGUGUGCGUUCCAUACGGCGAAACACUGACACAGACUGACGGAGGACGAGUGUCUUUGUUCAGCAGGUACAGAGCUAAAUAAAGUUUGAGUUUUGAAUCGUUUAAACAGAAACUGAAACGUUUUCAGCUCUUUGGAUGAACGAGCCCAUCAGAUGGCGCCCAGAUGUUUUCUGACAGGAAAUAAAAAACAUGUCUGUG